AUGCAAAACUUAGGUGACAAUCAAGAGAAAUCGUUGUUGAAUUUUAUUCUACAAAAUUCAUCAAAAGGAUUGCUUUUCCUUCGAUGUUUAGAAACGAAAAAGUUUAAUUUACCAUCAAAAGAAAUUGAAGGAUGGUAUGAACGUUUUAUUUGUUGUUAUCCAUAUGGUUAUGUUUCAUUUCAAGAAUUUCUAAUUUAUUUAAAACAAUUAAAUAUUUAUAGAGAAAAUCAACAACAUCAAUUGUUCAAAUCAUUGAUUGAACAAUUAUUCUAUACUUUGGAUGUAAAUAAUGACAAACAAUUAAAUUUUGAAGAAUUUUUUCAAUUCAAUUUAUUAAUUAAUCAAGGAACAGAUGAAGAUAAGCUUAAAUUAAUAUUAAAUUUACAUGAUCGAUAA